UCAGCCGUAUCCGGUGGGGCAGCGGUCCAGGGCUCGGGAAAAAAAUCGAAGCGAGGAGGAUCUGGUAACGGUUCGCUUCGAGAAAAAUCAUCCAUCCCGAGUCGCUAUCGAAGGGCUCGGCAGGAAUUUUACAGUUUCUUUACAAAGGUUAGAGGUCACAGAGCAGGGUUGCGGUUGUCGUCAUGGCAUCUGGAAGUACGAGCAGCGAGGAGGAGCGGAGCCUGAGGGAGUGUGAGCAGUACGUGCAAAAACACAACAUUCAACAGCUGCUGAAGGACUGCAUUGUCCAGCUGUGCACCUCCAGGCCGGACAGGCCCAUGGCCUUCCUCAGGGAGUACUUCGAGAGGCUGGAGAAGGAGGAGUCCAAGCAGAUCCAGAACCAGCAGAAGGCCAGCAGUUCCCGCUCAGACUCUCGUGACGAGGAGGUUUCUCCCCCCAUGAACCCGGUGGUGAAGGGCCGCCGGCGGAGAGGAGCCUUCAGCGCAGAGGUCUACACAGAGGAGGACGCAGCCUCUUAUGUCAGAAAGGUCAUUCCAAAAGACUACAAAACGAUGGCAGCCUUGGCCAAAGCUAUUGAAAAGAAUGUUCUCUUCUCACACCUGGACGACAAUGAGAGGAGUGACAUAUUUGAUGCCAUGUUUCCAGUCACCUACAUCGCUGGGGAAACUGUUAUUCUGCAGGGUGAUGAAGGAGACAAUUUCUAUGUAAUCGACCAAGGAGAGAUGGAUGUGUAUGUGAACAAUGAAUGGGUGACCAGCAUCGGGGAGGGGGGCAGCUUCGGAGAGCUGGCCCUGAUCUACGGGACCCCGAGGGCGGCCACCGUGAGAGCCAAGACCAACGUGAAGCUGUGGGGCAUCGACAGGGACAGCUACAGGAGAAUACUUAUGGGAAGCACUUUGAGAAAGAGGAAGAUGUACGAGGAAUUCCUCAGGAAAGUGUCCAUUCUAGAGUCUCUCGACAAAUGGGAGCGCCUGACAGUCGCUGAUGCCUUGGAGCCCGUCCAGUUUGAGGACGGACAGAAGAUUGUUGUGCAGGGAGAGCCUGGAGACGAGUUCUUCAUCAUCUUAGAAGCUAUGUGUUUUUCUCAGGGUUCUGCAGCUGUGUUGCAGCGUCGCUCAGAGAACGAGGAGUUUGUGGAAGUGGGGAGGUUAGGACCCUCUGACUACUUUGGUGAGAUUGCCCUGCUGAUGAACCGCCCCCGCGCGGCCACUGUGGUCGCCCGCGGGCCCCUGAAGUGUGUGAAGCUGGACCGACCUCGCUUCGAGCGCGUCCUGGGUCCCUGCUCGGACAUUCUCAAACGAAACAUCCAACAGUACAACAGCUUCGUCUCGCUGUCCGUCUGAAGGGUCUCUCCUCCUCCUCCUCCCUCAACCCUUUCCCCUCUUUUCUCCUUUUAGACCCAGGGUCCACCAAUGCAAUUUGCUUUUUGUCACUUUCUUCUUCUUCUUCUUCUUCUUCUUUCUGUUUCGGCUUUUAUCCCUUUUCGUUUUACACACAGAGAUCAUUUUGUUGUUAGCACCCGUCACGCUGAGGUGACUUUCAGCCAUUCACCAGCGCUUGUACCAGCUGCUGUACGCUACCUUGUAGGCACAGUUACAUCACACGUUACCUAUGUUAUAUUCGCUGGUUACGCUUUCUUUUUUUGACUUAAACACAAAGCAGGAUUGUUAGGAGAUCUGAAAGACAUUAGGGUCUCAGACUGCUGAGACAGGACAAUCAAACUUUACAUGGCGCUUUUAGUGAACUUCUUACAGAUUUAAGUUGUAGAUUGAACAGAGGACUUAUUUUCUCCCCGUUAAAGAGUUUCCUUUUGGACAUCAUUUAGCCCGAUUUUAGAUACACGGCGUAGAGAAAAACCUAGAAACUGUAUUAAAAAAAAAAAGGCAGGACGAAUAUGAUUGAAUUUUAUCAGACGUUAUUUAGGUUUCAGCUAUACCAUGAUUGGCACGAUGAGAAAAGGCUGUUUUGCUUAGUAAGCUUGUACAAAUUAUAAUUUGAAUGUGCAGCUACCAGGCGAGUGCCAAAUGUGGAUUAUUGUCACAGCGCAACGAUGCGUAGCCGUGGAAACGCAGUGCGUGCCCUCAAUAUUUGGAGCUCCAAACAGGAAGUAGUUACUGUCCUCUUUAUCGGUAGAACGACCAUACAAGAACUGCCUUGACUACUCUGAGGAAAAAUAAUAUAAUAUAUAAAAGAAAGCUAAAAAAAAAAAAAAAAGAGUAUUAAGUGUAUUUCAGUAUUCAAUUUUUUUAGUAUAUACCAAAUAACUUGGUCACUCUUCUGCUAUGGUUUGUAAUCAAAAUGUUAUCAUAGUAUAGUUAAAAUUGAUCAUAGUUUUAUUAUUAUUAUUAUUAUUUUAAUUAUCAUGGACUAAAUGAUACAUUUAUGGUUUGGAGUGAUGGUGAUCUAAAAAAAACUAUGUUUAACUGUCUUUUGUAAACACUUAUUUUUCCAUAAAUUCUAUUUUAGGUGUCCAGUGCCACAAAGUAAAUAAAUGCUUCUUCUUGUCAACCGACAAAAACAGUAUGUAAUCGUAUUGUGUAAAACGUCAUGGGUUAAAACUUAAAAAAAAGAAUAGAUCAAAUGGGUUAUUCCAGGUUUAUUGAAGUGAAGUCUUGAAAAAAACAAGAUGGUUUUAUGGGUUUUCAGGACAUCUGAAGUAUUUAUGUAUGGAAGCGGAUGGGCAGAGUGAGCAGAUAUUUAUUUAAAACUAGUGUCAUUGCUUAUUGCCUAUUUGAAAAGGUGGCUGUCUUUUCAUCAGAGUAGCUUGUGAUCUGUUCUCUAUGCUUACUUGGCAUGAUGUUUUAGGCAUCCAGUGAUCCGGUAUGAAUGGAAAGCGUGUAUUAAAAAAAAAUCCUGCAGCUGCUGCGUGCAGAAGCAGGAACUUUGUCAAAUAUUUGGUUUGUUACUCCCUAGCUUAACUGCUUCAUGACUAUUUAGAUGGCAUAUAAUGUUUAAGUCUGUUUUUGUUUUUUUAAAAGAUCUUUACCAAAUCACACAAUGUUGACUUCUGGAUUAUAGGCUUAACUCUUCAUUCCUGCCUCACUUGUCUGUUACCAGAAAUGACAUAGAACCAGUCAUGUGUUUCUGUUUUGUCUCAUUCAGGGCACUUAAAUGCGCUUAAGAAUCGAGAUGUAUGUUGUACGUCCAAAAAAUAUUUGAUUUUGGUGCCGAUUGCAGGGUAUAGUCAAGUUAGUGAGAAGAGUUUUUUUGUUAAUGGACAUGAGUAAUAUGUAAUUUUCUUUACAGUUAAAUCAAUCAUCUGAUCCCUAUCCUGAUCCACAGGAAAUGACUCCGUUAGGGGAGCGUGGGUUUGACUCACCUUUUAUCAAAAUAUCGAUUUCUUGUAAAUAGCAGCAUCAUUGGUUUUAGUCCAAAAUGUUUUUAGCCACACUGCAAUCGUCCCGGUUUGCCUUAGCUUACCUAACCUGGGCUUACAGUAGUAGUCAGUCACUCCUGCUAGCCCGACCUCCAGUGAGUUUGUUAGGCCUGCAGCGCAGAGAGAGCUGCAGGCGACCAGAGGACCAUUCUUUUUCUAUUCUACCCUGUAUUCAGUUUGACCUCCUGUAUGUGCAAAGAUGUUUAUCCUUUUGGUAUAGAUUGUUCCAGAUGGCAGUUUAAGCAAUAAAAAAGUAAAAAUAA